UCUCCAAACGUUCAUUUCAUGUUAAUUUUGCUAAAAAAGUAUUCAAAAAAUAAUUUUGUUUUAUUUAAUCUUCCAUAUUAAGUUGUUUUCAACUUUUUAACCCGCAUAAACUUGAAACUAUAAUAAAAUAUCGAUUGAAACUGAAUGUACACAAAAACUUGGCUCAUAAUGAAUUCUAAUUCUGACCAAAGACGAUCGAUUUUCGAUUUUCCAACGACUCACAUAAUAAAUUAUUCACCGUUUAUAAUGUAGUUCAUUUUGAACGCAGGUAAAAUGUCUUUAUUAAAAAAAAAUUCGGAGGAAAGAACCGAUUUAGUCGCUUAUUGGAGUGUUCCACUUUAUGAUGGUGUUCAUACCAUUGAAUUUGACCAUGGAACAACCAGCGGUAAAAGGGUUUUAAGAGUUGAUGGGCAGGAACUUUUUCGUAGAGAUUGGAUGUUUAAAUUAGUUGGGGAUGAAAAAUUUACGAUUGGAACUAAUAACACGUUGUGCGAAAUCAAAGUUGAUCCAUUACCAAAUUUUUCUUUUGGAUAUUCUUUGUAUAUUAAUGGUGAACCAUUAGAAAAAUUUGUUGAAAAACAAAAUCGUUCCUUAAAAAGUUGGGCUGUGGUUUCAAAUGGAAAAAGAUUCAGAAUCGUUUUUGAAAAAUCUACGUUAAAUGUUUGGAUUAAUGGAGAACAAAUUGAAACUGAAAAUGAUUUCACUGAGCUUGGUACAGAAAUGAAAUUCUUACUUGAUGACCAAGAUGCUUUCAUCAAAGCUACCACAACAGACAAAAAAGAAGGAGUUAUACAUAAUUUGUACAUAAAAGGAAAACUUAUUGAUGUUGAUUAUUAAAAUGUAAUAAAAUUUUCAAGAAUAA